UGCUGGGGAGGCAGGGGCGUAGACCUCAAGCUGCACCUUCCUUGGCCUGGGAGAGAAAUCGGCACCACUUUUGUAAGCAAGAGAAGGCACAAAGCUGCAGUGGCAGGAGGAAAGGCUCCAAAAAGGCUGGGAAAGUCAUGUUUACAGAAUGUGAACCAGGUGCCAUGUGACAAGGGCAAUAAUAUCUGACUUGGGACACAUCAGGAUCAGGAGCUCUACUUCUGUAAUAGAAGCCAAGGAGAAACAUGAAAGCUUAAAUGUGCCCUGAACCAGUCUCAACCCCAAAGUCAAGGAAUGCAAAAGGUUUUCCGUUGGAAUAUACGUUGCACAUUUAUGGCGAUUCUGAGCGUGAGGGCAGACUUCUGCCAGGCUCAGCACAGCGUUUUCGCUGACAAGUGAGCUUGGGGGUUCUAUGUGCCAUAAUUAACAUUGCCUUGACGACUCUGGACACCGAGACUGGCCUCAGAAAUAGUUGGCUUUUUUUUUUUUAUUGCAAGCAUAUUUCUUUUAAUGACUCCAGUAAAAUUAAGCAUCAAGUAAACAAAAGUGGAAAGCAACCUACACUUUUAACUUGUCUCACUAGUGCCUAAAUGUAGUAAAGGCUACUUCAGUUUUGUAUGUAGUUGGAAUUUUUGGAGUCCGAAGGUAUCCAUCUGCAGACAUUGAGGCCCAAGUUGAAUUUGGAUUCGAGUGGAUUCUAAAUAUUUCUGCUUACCUUGAAGAGAGAAGCUUCUUAAAGAAUAAACAAGUUGAAUAGAGAAAACACUGAUCGAUAUUAGGCAUUUUAGUGGUCUUUUUAAUGCUUCCUGCUGUGAAACAUUUCAAGAUUUAUUGAUUUUUUUUCAUUUUCCCCAUCACACCCACACACGCACGCUCACACUUUUUAUUUGCCAUAAUGAACCUUCCGGCCCCUGUGGAGAUCUCCUAUGAGAACAUGCGUUUUCUGAUAACUCACAACCCUACCAAUGCUACCCUCAACAAGUUCACAGAGGAACUUAAGAAGUAUGGAGUGACAACUUUGGUUCGAGUUUGUGACGCUACAUAUGAUAAAGCUCCAGUUGAAAAAGAAGGAAUCCACGUUCUAGAUUGGCCAUUUGAUGAUGGAGCACCACCCUCUAAUCAGAUAGUAGAUGAUUGGCUAAACCUGUUAAAAACCAAAUUUCAUGAAGAGCCAGGUUGCUGUGUUGCAGUGCAUUGUGUUGCAGGAUUGGGAAGGGCACCCGUGCUUGUUGCACUUGCUUUGAUUGAAUAUGGAAUGAAGUAUGAAGAUGCAGUUCAGUUUUUAAGACAAAAAAGAAGGGGAGCAUUCAAUUCCAAACAGCUGCUUUACCUGGAGAAAUACCGACCUAAGAUGCGAUUGCGUGUCAGAGACACCAACGGGCACUGCUGUGUUCAGUAGAAAGAAGUGUAAACGAAGGCUGACUUGAUUGCGCGCUUAGAGGGAACUCUUGGUACCUGGAAAUGUGAUCUGGAAUCGGAACUGUGUCACCAAAGUAGUGAUAGAUGUAGUACUCCUCAGCCACUCUCCUAAUGAUUGGAAAAAAGCAAACCAAAAAGAAAUCCCUCUAUAACAUGAAUAAAAUGUUUAAGAAAAGAAAAAGAGAAAGAAAAAAGGGAUUAAUUCAGUGAAGGAUGAUUUUCCUCCUAAUUGUUGGAGUUUGAAUUUCUGCCAGGAUUGAAUUAUAUCCAAAUCCCCUGUCUUUUUUACCUUUUCAAACUAGGUCUCUAAGGAAAACCAGCAGAACAUUAGCCUGUGCAGAACCAUCUGUGUGGGGAGCACACUUUUCCAUUAUGCUUGGCACAUAGACCUCCCUGCUAUGGGACUCUCUUUUUUUCUUUUCUUUCUUUCUGGUGGUGGUGGGCGUAUAUUCUUCUCUUCUCUUUCCCCAUCCCUCUUUUUCUCCCCUGAUACAAGUCGUAGAUGGAAUAGGAGAAGCCCUUACUGCUGUAGACGUGUGUGCAGUCUGGCAGCCUUAAGCCCACCUGGGCACUUUUAGAAAAAACAAA